AUUUGCUCUGCUCCUCCUUUCGGUGAACACGUUCUUUAUGCGUCCGAAACGGCUUUAAUUUUUCUCUCCUCUAAUGUCUUUUGACGUACGAGACAAAUUAUUUUUGUGUCCAUAACAGCGGACGGAUGGCGGCGAUUUCGUCGUUUAUUGCAUUGCUGACACACCGAACCCGCAGUAAGUACCAUGUAUGCGGAAAUACCUAUUCGAUACUCGGUCCUGGCCGGCACACACGUGGUUUUUUUUUCGUCACAAUUUUAAUAUAUUUGUUCAUUUUGGCGACCGUCCGAAACGAUUAUAUUUUCGUAUUAUUCAAUGCGUACGUCGUCGGAUAAUUUGCCGUUGUGAUUUUAUCGUGUAAUUGUCCGUGGCCCGUCAACGAGCGAAGUCCGCGGCCCCUCCACCGGUUGGGUAUUCCCAAAGUGGUCCAGAAAACCCGGUGUGAGGUUGCUUGUGGUGUACCAAUAAUGUAUUCUAUUCAAACGAUAAUCCUAUACCUACCCGUAGUGGAUAGUUGUAUACACCUUAAAUGGAACAGGCGAAAAUUGUGUGACUUUUUCCGACCGGCGCACGUGUUUUUUUUUGUUUUUACACAAUUGCAUUAUCUAUAUGUGACUUUCGUGACAAUAAUACUGUGUAUUAUUAAGACACACAAAAUAUAUUCAUUUAGGCAAUCUAACAGUGAACAAAUGCAAUACAUGUUCAAAGAGGUUCAAAUACAAAAGUUCAUUGAAGGAGCAUAUAAUAAACAGUCACUUUGUGAAGAAACAAAAACACAUAUGUAAGGUCUGUGAAAAAAUUUUGUCUUCGAAAAAAACUUUACGGUACCACUUGAACGCACAUCAUAAUAAAAAAGAAUUUAUGUGUGGGGUAUGUGGAUUGACGUUCAUCGCACCUUACAAAAAGAGUCGUCACCGCAAAAAAAAAUGUAUUAACAAUAAUUUAACCAAACACUAUAUUAUAUAUCACAUUGUUUUUAACAGCUUACUUUUUCCAGGACCAUUGAAGUGUAAUCCACAACCUCUACACUGGCAACCAUUCUCAAAUCAUAAUAAUUCAAAUGGAACAGCAGUCAACGUAUGAACCAUUGUUGCAGAUGGAAGUGGUUGAGUCUUCAUAUAUUGAGUUUUUUAUUGCGUUUUUUUUAUCAAGGUGGUUCGCCUAUAGCCCUAAUCCACCGUUUCGCAAACUUUAUACUGGAUGCUAAAAAUUAUAAAUUAU